UAGAAAAUUAUUUAUCGAACGCACCUUUCAGCACUCAUAAAAAAUGUCGAUCUUUGCCCCGGAAUCAUAUGCUGAUAUUCAACUUCAGACCAACGAUGGAGUGAUUCAUACAGUGAACAUUCACUGCGCUCUACAGAUGUGCCCCGUGCGCAAUCUGAUAAUGCUGGAGAGACAGAAAAAUAUGUACACGAAUGAUGUUAUCCCUCUAUCGAGAGUCGAUGCCAAGAAUCUGAGAUUCAUAAUCAAGUGGUGGACAUCAGUGCAGGAUCUAAAAGAAAACAUUGGGGCUCUGGGCAAAAAAAAACUUAUACAAUUGCUAACGGAGGAAAAUGCCAGCCAUGAGUUUCUAUUGCAAAUCAUCCUUGCCGCAAACUAUCUGCAGAUGGAGGAUUUGUUGCAGGCCACCACACACCUACUGGCAGAUACUUUAAAUGAAUGCGAAAGUGUCGAGGAGAUACGUAAAAAGUUUUUUGCUAGUGCAGACUAAAAUCAUUGAUGCCUAAUAUCAAUUCAUCAGAAUUAAGAAAAUCGCAUUCAUAAAACUAGCCGGGUGUACAAAAUUAUAUUCUUUUGUUUCAGCAGAGACAGUGAUGAAAAUGACUAUUGUAAAAAAUGACCGUUCUAAAAAUCUUACUUGUUUUGCUGAAAUAAAGAGAGUAUGUUUC